UAAGGAAGUAUUCGGCUGCAUAAUGCCCGCAGGAGUGACGUGGGGACAGUACUUCUCAUUCUCCGUUGUAGCGAUGAUCUCGAUGCUCGCUGGCUCGCAAAUCGUCCACCAGCACUAUAAGCCGCUGCAGGAUUUAAACGAGUAUAUUAAUAGAGAACUAAAGAACUUACCAGACAAUGUUCAGCAGAAAAUUAGAAAAGAACUUCAAGAAGAAGGUGUUUUAAAGUGAAGUUUUUGUGUUAUAUUUAUUAUUUAAGUAUACAAUAAAUAGUGUUAGCAUUUAAAUGGGAUUUUUAGUUUUUGAUGUAGAAUGAUCUUGAGGAGUUAUUAAAAUAUUCACUAACC